AUGGAUGCGCUCUCUAAUAUAUACGAGCAGCCUUUAGCUGCAAAUAAGGCUGCCCAGCCCACCAAUCUCACUCGAGAACAAGCAAGAGCCACGGCCAAUGCUUCCACCACCUUCAACUCCUCUCUUCACAGCUCAACCAUGCUCAGGGGAGGAAUUAUCCUGGAGAAAGUCAACGGCCCCCUCUCCUCCGGCCACCUCCGCCUCCUAGACCGGGACCCCAACACCACCCCCUCAGUCGUCUUCAACUACUUCCAGCACCCGGAUGACCUGAGAAAGUGUGUGGAAGGCAUGUCCGCCAUAACCAAACUAGUCAUGUCCGAAGCCUUUUCCAAGUUCCGAUACCCCGACGCGACCGUGCAAGGUCUUCUAGCGCUCAUUGUGACCAUGCCGGUGAACCUGCGGCCGCGGCAUCUCAUCGCCGCCCUUUCCCUGGAGAAGUUCUGCGUGGACACGGUGUUGACCAUAUGGCAUUACCACGGAGGGUGCCAAGUUGGGGCGGUGGUGGACGCCGAGUAUAGGGUGAUCGGAGUGGAUGCGCUAAGGGUUGUGGACGGUUCUACGUUUAACAGCUCCCCGGGGACUAAUCCUCAAGCUACCGUCAUGAUGCUUCGAAGGUACGUUGGGGAAAGAAUUCUGAAUGAGCGGCACAAGGGAGGAGGUGGAGGUCAAUAA